AUGACGACUCCAAACAAGACACCACCUGGUGCUGAUCCAAAGCAGUUAGAGAGGACUGGUACUGUUAGAGAAAUAGGCUCCCAAGCAGUUUGGUCUCUUUCAUCCUGUAAGCCAGGAUUUGGAGUGGAUCAGUUACGAGAUGAUAAUCUAGAAACUUACUGGCAGUCAGAUGGAUCACAGCCUCAUUUGGUGAACAUCCAAUUUAGAAGAAAAACCACAGUGAAGACGUUAUGUAUUUAUGCAGACUACAAAUCUGAUGAAAGUUACACUCCAAGCAAAAUUUCUGUCAGAGUGGGAAAUAAUUUUCAUAAUCUCCAGGAAAUCCGGCAGCUUGAAUUAGUGGAACCAAGUGGCUGGAUUCAUGUUCCUUUAACAGAUACCCUUAAGAAGCCUAUUCGCACGUUCAUGAUUCAGAUUGCUGUUCUAGCUAAUCACCAAAAUGGAAGAGACACUCACAUGAGGCAGAUCAAAGUGUACACCCCAGUGGAAGAGAGCUCCAUCGGGAAGUUCCCCAGAUGUACAACAAUUGACUUCAUGAUGUAUCGCUCCAUAAGAUAA